CAGUGACCGAAGGAGCUCGGGAUCCCUCGGUUCUCCUUGGUCACCGAGCUUCGGCUACAAUCUGGCCGAUAACGAAGGAUGGUAAGCUCCCGUUCGCCUGGCGUAAAUGUCUCACCCGCUAACAGCGUGGCUACAUCGCGUGUCGUCGUGUCCGAUAGUGACGUAGCUCGUGAUGGUGACGCCAUCUUACCGAGCACCCGCCAAUCAUAUCGCGCGGAGGACAAGGGUAGUUGCGUGAACGGAGCUCCUGGUGCUGUCGAAUGGAGUCAAAGCGGUCCGCCCUCGCUUUCUAUGUCGGUCGACCUGCAUCAUCUGGUCAACCCAAACCUCCAAGACUCCGGACAUUAUUCUGCUAGUCCUGAACACGCCGAUGCUGCAGCUUCGCCUUGUAACAAGAAACCAACGAAAAGUCACGACGAAGAAGAGAGCUACGAGGCUUUUGGAUCUGUCGAGGGUGACGCCGAUGACGGGGUGGAUUCACCGGGUGGUAGCAGUUCUGCACCCUCACCCACCGGCACCAAUUCUCUCAAAAAUCCGAGGAGUCCUAAUUCAACUAUAGGAAGACAUUCCUGGUUACGAACAUCACUUAGGCGAACACCCCCCUUUUCCGGAAGGAAGAGACUUAGCUCCAAUGCGUUAGCAAGUCAGCUCUAUCGAAGCGGCAGUUUUAAUAGCUCUGGUAGAGGUUCCAACUGUGAUCCCGCGGACGAUAUGUAUAGUGAUAUCUCCCUCGAGGAUGAUGUCAUUGAUCUCAAUCAUAGAGUGAGUACAAUUAUCAUAACCUUAUUACCUCAAACAGAUGAUGGUAGAUUCCAUCAGCAACAUCCGCCACAUCCUCCACCUUACAUCUAUUAUCCACCGCCUUACCCACAUUUAAAUCCAUAUGGUCAUUAUCCUUAUCACCCUGGCGGAUUUUAUUCACCACCAUAUUGCAAUGAUAUUGUCCAAGAAUCAAAAGGUUCAUCUUGGAUGAGCAUCUUAUUAUUGAUAUUUUUAUUGCUGCUCAUUGCCAGUAUUGUUUACUAUUGGUCCCUGUCUCGCGAUAGUCGGCGAAGAUUAAACGCCAGGCUGCCCACCUUGGUGCAACCGACGCAGCUAAUGUUAGAAGAAGCUGCCAAAGAUGCUGAAGCUAGAACUGAAGAAAGGCUUCAGGCGGAGCAACGAAGACAUAGAGAAUGGGUGAGCCGUUUGGAACGUGAAAGACAGUUACAACUAGAAAAUUAUGCCAUCAAAUUGCAAGCGAUAGAAGUAGAAGGAACUAAUUUAAGAGACGAAAUUGGAAGGUUACGUGAACAGCUAGAAAAAGUUAGAGCAGAAAAAAGUCGGUUAGAAAAUGACCUUGAAGAGGCUAGAAGGGAGGUAGAGACUGUACGCGAAGGUGAGCGUCAAGCAAUCAGUCGGGCUAAUGAAACUCACUAUCAACUUGAAGCUGCCAGAGAAGAACUUUCUAUGAGAGUCGAGGAUCAGCAAAGGAUAGAAGAAUUAAUGCAACAAGUGGCACAACUUCGGGCUCAUAAUAAAAGUUUAGAGGAAUCAAGGGAUGAAUUACAAGCUGCAGCGGCUCUGCAGGCAGGCCGUGAACUUUUAAUGUUAAAUCCUUGUAAUAAUGUUACUGAAAAAGGACCUAGUCUUGCUGUAGAAUUAUUAGCUGGCAUGAAUCAAGAUCAAAUGGACGGUCAGAUUCCUGGAGAAAGUGGUGAACCUUGUAGUAUAUCUGAAAUGAAACAAGCUUUAAAGGAGCAACAAGAGGUUAAUACACAAUUAAGGGCAUACAUCGAUGGAAUCUUACUGAACAUAGUUGAAAACUAUCCUCAGUUGUUAGAAGUGAAACAAACUCAUUGAACUAUUACAUUCACUACCGCUCAAAAGUAUC